GCUCCCUUUUGUUGAAGAAGAAGAAGAGCGACGUGGACCAAUGGGAGCUGAGUGAGGUGCCAGCAGCCUUCAGGUGAACCGUCCAGCCUGGGAGGACUCCGAGCUUCUGUCCUCAUCCGCUCAACAGUUGAGUCCCCAUGCAGCUGAUGUCCAGCAGGGCCGGAGGAUCGGCUCUCCUGCUGCUGCUGCUGCUGCUGCUGCGCUGCUGUCACAUAGCCAGCACCCGCGGACACAAGUCUGACUCUGCCUUAGCUGUGAUGGAGAAUACAGGAGGAGGUGAUGAAGAGGAGGAGGUGACAGUGGAGGAAGAUGAAGGAGAUUUAGAGGUGGUCCAACCUACUGGGGAGUGGCAGACUCUGCAGCCAGGCCAGGCAGUGCCAGCAGGUUCCCAUGUGAGGCUGAAUCUGCAGACAGGUCAGAGGGAGGUCCGACUGGGAGAAGAGCAGCUAAAAUACUGGACCCAGGAACACAGAGAGACAGAAGAGAGCCGGUCCUCCUUCAGUCCCACUGAGCUCAAACGGGCCAUGAAGAAGAUAAAGGAGGACAUGAACCCCGCAAGCAAAGACCAGCAGCAGACAUUUCGUCCUCUGGAGGAACUAAAGAGGGACAUGGCUCAGCUGGACCUGCUGGUAGAGACGGAUGUUCAGAUAAUGAGGCGCCUGCUGGAAAGCUUUAACAGCAGUGAGUCGACUACAGAGCAGAAACUGAGUGUCCUGAUGGAGCUGGAGUACCUGGUGCAUCAGGUGGAUAAUGCCCAGACUCUGUGUUCGAUGGGGGGUCUGCAGCUUCUGCUGGAGGGUCUGAACAGCUCUGACUUCAGACUGCAGCAGAGCUGUGCCUUUGUCCUGGGAUCUGCUGUGUCCAGUAACCCGCUGGUCCAGGUGAAGGCCAUGGAGAGCGGCGCUCUGCAGACGCUCCUCACCAUGCUGGCCACAGCACAGCCACUGCCAGUCACAAAGAAGGUUCUCUUUGCAGUGGCCUCCCUCUUACGUAACUUCCCUUACGCGCAGCGCCACUUCCUGUCCCAUGGAGGGCUGCAGGUCCUAUCCGAGCUGUUCAGGGCAGAUGGGGGGGGACUCCUGCGUACACGCAUAGUCACCAUGUUAUACGACAUGAUCAGUGAGAAGGAGCUGAUCUCUCAGGCCGGCCUGGACCUGGGGCUGGACGCCGCCCACGAGGAGCGGCUGCGUCAGUACUCGGCCGUGUCACUGCAGGGGGAGUUGCGGGAGAAGGGCUGGUGCAGUCUGGUGCCUCUGUUGCUGGAGUCCACGGAGCACGACUACCGAGAGAAGGCUCUGCGGGCCUUGUUGGCGAUGGCUCCCGUGUGUUUGGAUCAGUACCGCUCGGACGGCUCUCUGCUGGGCUCCCUGCUCUCUCUCAGAGAACAGUACCUGGAAAUGGUCCAGUCAGAAAUGAUUGUAGGAGAGGAGAACGGCUACUUUGGAGAGAUAGUAGAACUUAUACAUGCUCUACAAGUCAAAAUAAAAUGACGAGGAGUGCACUGACUUCUAGACAGACCACAGAGGGACAUACUCCUACAGACACGAGUCUCCUGCAUGUCGGGCUGACCCUGGAGACGGGGCACUCGUUGUUUCAUCAUCAGUAUGAACUCCAGUCCCAAGGUUUCAUCUGUGGCCUUAGACCGUUGUUUGGACGAGGGUGGGGAUCACAAUAAAGAUGUUGUUCCAGGGUUGUCACUGUAAGAUAUUUUGUGUUCAGAAUAAAUUGAUAAUUUAAAAAUUA